CUUUUCAACACUCUUCUGAAACGGAGUGAGUAGAGUGUAACGAUAAGCUACGGUACUCACUCAAAACACGCCAUUCCACGCAAGAAAAUCCAUCAUUCAAACAGCAAUAUAUUUUUAAGCCUUUCGUCCGCCGAAGAAUCCGUUUUCCACGAAUUGUAGUGCAACCUGAACGGCUUUAUUAAACUACGUUUGGUCGAUUCAUUGCGACACGCCCGCUCCACGAUCGCCAUAUUGUUGAUUUUAUUUCACAACUUUGCAGUCACUAAACCGCAAGACAGAUACAGGGAGUUAAUUUUUCGCCCAGAAGUGAGAGAAAACCGUUCUGUUUGGAAAUCUACGAAACUAGCAAUGGCAAGAUAGCAGUGUUCACGAUAUCUGGAUCUGCGUGGUGGAGAGAUCGUUAAAGGAAACUUCGAGAGUUUCCGCGCUUUACUUUCGUUGGCGUGGUUAACCGACUAGCUGCUUCAAACAAGAUAAACAUUUCAAAUAAUAACUUGGGUGAUAUCCACCAUGACUGGACGGACUGGAAAACAUUUUAGAGGGGAUAAGGACCUCAUCAUUCACGACAAAACUGGAAGGAUUUUGAUUUCUUGGAACCGCUUCGCAAGAUCUCUGAAAGAAGCUUUCGAACUCUAUUGGGAAACUAAACAGGCCGAGCUAACCUCCUGGUUUGAGGAACUACCAAGAAAGAUAAAAAAGAUUCCUUUCAAGGAUACAGCCCUUGCUGCUAUUCCAUUUCUAGCGUAUCUCCUAGUUUAUUCAAAUUAUUCUCUUCUUCGGAGAAUUAUAGGACUUGGAAAAGUGACUAAACCUAAUCAUACAUUCCUGCCAUGGAUGGAGGUGUUAGUUUUUCACUGUUUCCCUCAUCAGAUGCUAGCAAAAUUUGCACAUCCUGUCCUGGACUGUAUCGCUGCUGUACCAUAUUUAUUUCACUUUGGCCUUCCAUUCCUGUUUAUAUUUUUCAAAGUGGCAAGCAAUCGCAGCAUUCAUGGAGUAUUUCCUUUCCUUUGGUGUGCUGGCUGGGUGAAUCUUGUCGCGACCAUAAUUCAAUUCCUGUUUCCUACAGCACCACCUUGGUAUGUGGACUCUGUUGUGUUCAGUCCGAACGGUGAUGUUCUGAAAGCAGGAGCAAAUGAAGCUGGAUUUCAUAGACUUGACGCAGCUCUUGGAUUUCCAUUCUUUCACGGCAUCUAUGCUGCUUCUCCAUUACCAUUUGGAGCAUUUCCUUCACUGCAUGUCGCAUGGCCUGCCGUGAUUUUAGUUAGUGGACCUUGGAUAAAUGAAAAAUUUGCCAUGUUUCAUGUUGUAUGGAUCACAUGGGCUGCUCUUUAUUCAAAUCACCACUAUGGCGUCGACGCAGUGGGAGGAAUAUUUUUGGUGUUUCUGGUUAAUUUUAUGAUGCGCAAGGUGUGGUGUCCAUUUCCUCUUGAGAAUGGCAAGAAGCCAUCUUGUCAUAUAUGUAGAAGAAUGUCGCCACCUUUACUGCAAGUUUAGCCACGUAGUACUAGUUUGAAAUUGUAUAAUUUUAUCAAUCAAGGUUAAUAUGGUAACUUAUCAUCCCAGAGUGGUAUUUUCAUUCUCACUCAUGGCAGGCAAUAAGGUGGCUUUGAAUCUUUUUUGUUAAGUGACUUAAGUCAUGAAAAGCAAGGUAUUAUGUUCCUGUUACUGAUGUCUUAGUUGUCUAUGAGUUGAAAACUGAUUAUUACAAUAUUUGGUCAAGAGGAAUAGACAAUUUUGCAGAGUUUGGUUUCACUUACUGUUUGGUAAAAUCUAAUAAUUAUAGAAUUUCAAAGUCUAGUUUAUUGUAAAUGAUUAUUCACAGAGGUGUUGAAUAUUGAUAGUGUGGUGUGGUUAGAUUUGACCAGAGAAUCUUAAGAAAAGAUUAUAUCUUACAGAAUUUUUUACCCUAGAUAGGUUAAAUGCAUACUAAGAGAAGAUAGUUUUUCAAAAAUAUUAUAAUGCUUCACAAUACAAUAUGCCAUUGAAUUUGAUUGCAUUCAUUCAUGCAACACUGAUUUGGAUAGUGCUUUCAAUACAUGGAAAUUUAUUAUGAGAGUUAAAACAUUUUGAUAGUUAGCUUUUUUUUUUUCGAUUAUUACUACUGGUCAAUAGACAGUUGUUUUGAGUUAUUUUGUUUUCUGUUGUGUAAAUUUUUUUUUUUAACAAUUGCACUUAUCAGUCCCUUAGUGGUGUAAUCAAUAAUAUUAAUUAAUUUGUUGUGAAUAAUUUCGCCAAGAAAGCAAGCCAUGUUUUUGGUGGGGAGGGGGGGGGAGGGGAAGGGGUGGGUGAUGUGUGUCUACUGACCCACAUUGGCUGUUAAGUUUCACAGGAGAGAAUUAAAUUCUUGGAUAAUAGUCAGUGACCAUUCUGAGUUUCUUCACAUGGGUUUGUGCUGUCUCCUCAGAUAGCCAUUAUGUGUUUUCUACAAAACUUGUCGUAAAUUCAUGAUAAUAUGUCACCAAUAUAAUAUGUCACCACUCCUUAAAACUACAACAUUUAGUUCACACAGGUAAACAGUUUCAGAAGUAGAUACUCGUGUAUAUUUUACUGGCGUAUUGGUUUAAAUGUGAUUUGAUGUGGACAGUCAUGGAUUUGAUUUACAGUGAUAGUAAAGAUGUGUAGAACGAGAAUGUU